AUGGCGGAGCUUCACGUGGUCGGGCAGCUGCUCGGCGGGGACGGCUUCCAAAGGAACAGCCUCUUCUGCAAGUGGUCCAUCGACGCUGGCCCAAAUUUUCGCCUGCUGCAGGGCCACACCAGCGGCCAGACGCACUGUGACCACCCGAACGAAGACGAGCCGGCGGUGUGGGCGCAUCCGCUCGACCUGCACUACGCGCUCAAGGGCUUCGACGGUUGGCCAAAGCUGAUCCUCGAGGUGUGGACGGUCGACCAGUUUGGCCGCUGCGAGCUGGGUGGCUACGGUUGCUGCGUCGUCCCCACCAGCUCCGGGAUGCAUGAGGUGCAGACUUGGAGGCCAUGCGGAACGCUGCGCGAGCAAAUCACGUCCUUUUUCCUCGGGGGCGUGCCCACGCUCAAGCACCGCGAGGUGAUCAGCUCGAGUUUCGACCGAUUUCGGCUGCACACAGAGACUGCGGGCGCCGUCAGCUUGAGGCUCUGCAUUGUGACAAAGGGGCUAGGUCGCUACCGCGUGACUGGGUGA